AUGCUAUUGCAAAUAUGUGCUGAACGUGCGUUAGCUUUUCGAUCUGCACACUUGGAGCAAUCAAAUCAAAGCUCCACUGCAAAUAUGAUACUAAAGUUGUUUAAUCGGGAGAGAGUCACGUAUUUUAGCAUCCUUACCAUUUCAGUUAUUGCAUCGUUCUUUAUUGGGUACAAGUACAACAAGCUUCCGCAAUCAGUGAAAAUAGAGUUUAGUAAAAAUUUACAUGUAGAUAGACGAGAGACUGUUGAAAAACGUAACUUUGAAUCCCGAGAUCGCACACCUGGGGAUGUGGAAUACGAAGAUAAGGAAUACCACGAACAUGGAGUUAAAAGUGUUAAUGCGACCUACUUAGAAGAAACGCUGAGGUUUAGUGCAAGACUGGCUCAAUACUAUGGUGCAUUAGGAGUAUUGUUGUAUGGUGAUCCUGAAGACUUUGGUGAAACAAAUGUGACAGGGUACCCUCAUUCUUGGGAUUUGCCAGCUAGUGCAAUUCCUAGAGGAAACAUUGUAAAUGUGAAAGGUGAUCCAUUGACACCUCUUUACCCUUCCAUCGAUGGCAUGUAUCGCAGAAAGGAAAACGAGAUUGACUAUCUUCCCAAAAUUCCUGUAACGCCAAUCAGUUACAUCGAUGCUUACUCACUGUUAAGCAUAAUGGAUGGCUUAGAAGUGCCAGAUCCUUAUUGGCAGGGUGGUUUAAAUUUUACAUACCGUGUCACUUCAAAGACUAAGAGGUCAUUGCGAAUGAAAGUCGAUACACCUAAAGAAGUAAGAACUAUAAAUAAUGUUGUUGGCACGAUUGUUGGUGCAACAGAACCAGAUCGUAUCGUUAUAAUUGGUAACCACAGAGAUGCUUGGGUAUUUGGAGGUGGUGAUCCAUCAAGUGGUACCACCUGUUUAAUGGGUAUAGCUAGAGCGCUUGGACAAAUGUUGGAGAUUGGCUGGCGUCCAAGAAGAACCAUUAUGAUAGUUAGCUGGGACGCAGAGGAGUACGGUUUGAUGGGCUCUGUUGAAUGGGUUCAAGAAUAUCAUGCAAUAUUAUCUACCAGAGCAGUGGUGUAUAUUAACGUUGAUAUUGGUGUGUCAGGCAACUAUUCUCUUCGAGCGAAAUCAACAUCGCUACUUAUGGACAAACUCUUUUCCAUCACUAAGAAGAUGUUGGACCCAGAUCAUCAUCAAAAGAAAGAAUUAGAAAAGUCCAGUAGUCUGUAUGAAAACUGGAGACAGAAGAUGCCGAAUCCGAAAAACGCUGAUGAACCAACGUAUCAGCCAUUAGGAAGCGGAAGCGAUUUUGCAGCGUUUUAUUCAUUUUUGGGCGUUCCUUCCAUCGAUUUGCGAUAUAUGUAUAACGAGAAUUUUCAUAAAACAUUGUCAAAUUAUCCAGCGUAUCAUACCAUCUACGACAACUUUCAUUACUUCAAAACCUUCAUCGACCCGGACUUCCGUUACCAUGCUUUGGUAACCAAGGUUAUGUUGGUGUACGGGCUGGAAGUUGCAGAUGACCUCGUGUUGCCGUUUAAUUUGACGAGAUACGCCGCUAAAGUGCUGCAGGAUGUGGAUGAUUUUUAUAUCAGUUUUCAACAGAUGCUGGAGCCGCAAAAUAUCUCGUUUGCUGCUAUGAAAACUGCUACAUACCAGUUAUUACAAGCCACUGAAACGUUUCAUAAACAACUUAAAAGUGUCAAUAAAAAUGAUUGUCAUAUGGUAAGAAGAAUGAAUGAUCAAAUGAUGUAUUUUGAAAGGUCUUUUGUUGUUCCAGAGGGAGUGCUGGGCAACCGUGAAAUAAAACAUAUAUUAUACGCACCGGCGAGGAGAAGUUUAUAUCAAAAAAAUCUUUUUCCUGGCGUUAACCAGUUGUUGUUCGAAAUCGAUGUCGACGGGGUCGACAGGUGGAAUGGCGUGAGAGAACAAAUCUCCCUCAUCAUUUCUAUGAUAAAUAGCGCAAAAAAGACUAUAUCCAACUUCAACGAACUGUAAAGAAGUUACGAUGUUUUUGUCCAUUCAUGCAUAUCAAUCUUCUUUCCAAGCAGUUGCUAAUUGUUUCGGUUACCAGACAAUAUUGCACGGUGGUUAUAGGGAAGGAAAAUAACACCGGUCUUUGGUUGACUCAGGAACAUAAGAAUACGCUUGUUGUACUCACAAAAUAUACAUAUGGUAGAAUCUAAUAUGCACUUUCAUUAAUUUUGCCGUGUACUUCCGACUAGGUUGUAUCUAAAUUUGGCUUAAUUUGCUAAUAAACAAUACAGUCAAUAUAGUUUCUGACACAGCAAU